AUGGCGGGGAAGAGCGGCCGGGAGGAGGAGGAGGAGCAGGAGGAGAGCAGGCUCUUCCCCGCCGAGAGGCGGAGAUGGUGCCGGGCGAGGCGGCCCCGGCCGGGCCGGGCUCGCCGCGGGGCAGUGCCGAGGGGGCGGCGGCGGGCAGGAAACAGCGCGCGGCCGCCCGCAGGAAGGUGGGUCUGGGCCGCUUCGGGUCUGGGCCGCUUCGGGUUUGGGCCGCUUCGGGUUUGGGCCGGGCCGGGCCGCGCUGCGCCGCGCUGUAACCUCGGUAACGCGGACGCUUGCGGUGCCUUUCAGGCCUUCUCCCUGUUCGUCAAAGCCAAGGAGGUGCCGGCCGCGUCUCGGUGUCCCGGCGGCGGAGAGGGCGUGCGGUGGCGGUGCUGCUGGCAGGCGUUCGAGGAGUUGCCCGGCAUCCACAGGCACGUGGCCCUGCACCACUCCGGGGACAUCGGGCGGCAGGCGGGGCUCGGUGCGGGGCCGGCGGAGGCCGGAGACAGCCCUGAAGGCGGCCCGGGCCCGGCUGGCAGCGCGGACCGGCCGAGCGGGCACUCCUGCAGCAGCCCGGAGAUAUCCUGGGCGCUCCCGGACAUAAGCCGCGUCAGCCAGGAUGAUCUGACAAGCCAGGUGGGAGAAGUACUUCUCUAUUACUGUUACUGUGACGUGAGGGAUCCAGAGAAACUCUGUGCUUGGCAAAAGGCUUUGUGUCAGCAUCUACAUCUCACUGGCAAGGUACGAGUUGCUUCAGAGGGGAUUAAUGGGACAGUUGGUGGAAGCAAAGUAGCUACCAGUCUCUACAUUAAAGUUAUGCUUUCCCAGCCUCUGUUCAAAAACAUUUUGUGUCAAGAGGAUUUCAAGAGCAGUGCAGGAGGAGCUCACUGUUUCCCAGACCUUCGAGUUGGAGUAUUCAAAGAAAUUGUACCUAUGGGCAUUGAUCCAAAGAUAGUGUCUUAUAAGGAAACUGGAAUCCAUUUAUCCCCUCAGGAAUUUCAUAGAGAAGUAGAACAGUAUUUAUCUCAGGCUACUCAAGGACAAAGUGAUACCAUCUUGCUGGACUGUAGGAACUUCUAUGAAAGUAAAAUCGGACAUUUCCAGGGCUGUCUGGCUCCAGAUAUCAGGAAGUUCAGCUAUUUUCCAAGCUACGUAGAUGAAAACCUGGAGCUUUUUAAAGACAAGCGUGUCCUGAUGUACUGCACAGGAGGAAUUCGUUGUGAAAGAGGCUCUGCUUACCUCAGGAGCAAGGCAGUGUGCAGAGAGGUUUACCAGCUAAAAGGUGGAAUUCACAAGUACCUAGAAGAGUUUCCAGAUGGAUUCUACAGGGGGAAGCUGUUUGUAUUUGAUGAUCGUUACGCCAUUUGUUCCAAUGAAGAUAUCAUCUCAGCAUGCAGAUACUGUGGGGUGCUGUGGGACCAGUAUAAACUUUGUUCCAGUCAGCACUGCCGGCAGCUUGUCCUGACAUGUCCAAGUUGUUGCAACAAAGGUCUUACAGCUUGCUGUCCUGUUUGUCAAGAGAAGGCACUCAAGGUGACUUCAAGGGCUUCAGGACAGACACUUAAGGAGGAAUGUGAAUGCACAAGGAGACGGCCAAGGGUACCAAUUGAACAUGUCUCACCAAGGAUGCUGGACACAGGAAAAGAUUAAGCUGUUUCAUUGGUUAAUCUGGCAUGUGCUCAUGUGAAGGGCUUCUGUAACCAGUUCUCUAUCUGUUAAUCAUUUGGAUUUGGAAAUUAUGAAAAUAUGUUGGCUUGGAAAGUCUUGUUCAUAUGCUGCCUUUAAACAUAGAAUAUGCCCUGGAAACCAUCCAUUACUUGCCUGUAAAUUACCGGAGUGCCCAAUCCAUCACCAGCACUACAGAAUUCCUCUCUCUGGGUACAGUCUUGUAGUGUGGCCUUUACCAUGGGGAUUUUGGAGCAGAGUAUCUGCAGUGUGACAGAACUGCUCACAAUUCAAAAGAAACUGAAGGAAUUCAAGAACAAUUCCAUUUUUUUUUCUUCCUGCAUGGAGAUCAACCUGUCUGACCUCUCCAAGGAUCAUGAAUCUCCUUCAAUAGCGUGUAGUAAGGUCUGCAACAGCAGAUUUAUCAGUUUGGUGUGGAUAUGUGACCAGAUUUGAUCCUGAAUAUAUAUAUUCCACAUGCACGCCAUCGACCUGCAGCUCUUGCUUUAUAUCAAUAAGAAGCAAGGUGAAGUUACCUGAAAUAACUAACUUAACUUUCCUGUAAAACUGUCUGAAAGCAGCAUAAGGAGCUGGAGCAAAGGCCCAGAGAUACUGUUUGCCCAGCCAUACUUGUGUGACAUGCAGGAUGAACAGCAAACCCAAUCUUCUUUCUAGAGCUCAGUCUCCCUGGGAACUGUUUUUUCCCCUCAGCUUGUCAGUGUAUGAAAUUUGCAGGGCUCAGCUCUGCUUGCACUAAAAAAACCUGACAGCUUUGAAGCAUGUUGAAACAAGCACACAAAGAGGGGAGCAGAGAGACUGUCAAAAUAUCACCAUCAUGACACUGUUAGUGAUGCAUGUGUGCAUAAAUGUCAGCAACAGCUAUGAGGAGACUGCAAGAUCAUUUAUCCAAGUUAGAUAAUUCAAGUUCUGGGGAACAUUGGUGCUUUUUAAGCAUAAACUGAGUUUUUUAAAAGCUUCAAGAUGUUUAUGCAAUUUCCAGCACUUGUUAGUGGAGAAGUUGUCUUUGAAGGGACCUACAGCAGAUGAGAUUACAAUACUGCCCCACGUGCUGUAUUGUGUGCCUGAUGCUGUAGAAUGGUACAGAAAGGAUUUAUUAAUAGUGUGGAAGAUGGGUCUUGACUGAAAAAUGUCUUUGGAAUUUACUGUCCUGGGAACCAAACAGUAAGCUUUUAGGACAUCAAAGUCACUAGAUUUGGAGCUUUUUUACUGGCAAAUGCUUUUAAAAGCAAGAAAAUAGUUUCUUAGGUUUCUGCAAUUGCUUAAUGACAGGGCUAUGUUAUUUUCAUAUAGAUUGUACCUUUCUCUUCAUGGUGCUAUUAAUUCAGCAAGGCCUCAUUGUUGGCUUGACUAGCAACUUAAAUACAUGGGCAUUGGGUCCACUGAAGCCAUGACAUUUCUUCUUGCUUCCAGUAUUGCUACCAUGAAAUUAACAGUUCACCAACUGUCCUCAUGACAGUUCCAUUAACGAGGCACAACCCUGAAGCUUAGAAAUAUUUCCUUCAGGAAUUUUUCUAGUAUAGUAUUUAUUAGUAAAUCUCUGAACAACCCAUUCUUGAGAAGAAAUUAGAAAAUUCCUAUCAGUAUACACCUUCAGCAAAAGUAUGAGCAGUGCCAAUGUCUCCCUGGCUUCCCAGUCCCAGCUGGCUAGUUAACCUCUGUGGUUUUGAGGACUGGAGUAUUUGUGAAGAAACAUGCAAGCUCCACUUGUGGGUCUGAUCUAAAGCACUGAUGGGGAGUGUCCCAUGAUCUUCCUGUGUUAGGCUAAAAAGAACACAAUUUUGUAAUUCAGUCUAUCAGCAGGUCUGGAACACUGUAAUCCAUUUGAAAUGCUGUUUCUGUAUUGCUUAGCAGUACAGGAUGGCAACAGCUAUAUUUUAUAUGUAAAUUUCUGAAACAUCUAUGAUAACCUUUAGUGCUUCCAUUAUAAUUUUUUUUAAGUCCUGCACAAAUACACUUAACAUGUUAUGUUGGAGGUGCUUGAUUCUGCACAGAUAAACACUGAAACCUAGUCUGCCACAUGGUAGACCUGGCUACAAGGUACAAUUCUCCUGAGAGCUCCUCAGAGCUGGAGAUUCUACCUCAAAGGCAGAGGGGAGCCAUGAGGCCUCUUCUGGUCCUUGCUGCACUAAGACAAGGGAGGAGACGAAUUUAAUAUGUACAGAUGGAUUCCCAUAAAGCCAUGUUCUCUCUGCUGCAGAGAGCAGAGAAGGGGAUAAGAGACUGUGUUAGCCUCCUUCUUGCAAGUUAGCCCAUAAGGGCUCUCUGUCCUGUUUUCUGGGUUAGUUUUGUCAGAUUAAUACAAAUAAAGACUUGCUGUGUGAAAAGCUAUGUGGUGGCAUCCAUGCAUCUCAGUGGUAAUGCCUGAGAGAAGGCACAUGAGCUCCAGGAGAGGGAAGAGUUUUCUGGAGGAUGGGCUGUAACUGCCAGAUGCUGCAGUCAGCAGAUGGUUUUUCCUCCCUUUUCCCAGAGAGCUGCUGGGCCCACCAGGAAUACAUUUGCUCCUAAGUAUCAUAAUUUUGUAGCUCCAUUGCUGCACAGCUUAAACCCUUCCACCAUAGAGCCUGAUGCCUCAGCACUGCCUGUUCUCUGCUGCAACACCUUCAGCUGUCAGAUGCAUCCUGCAGCAAAACAGCUUUGUGAGGAUCAGCCAAGGAACCUGGAAUGAUCUUGACAGCUUAAUACACCUUUGGGCUGCAAGGUUAAUAUGAUUGCUGCUACAGUGAAACACGGGCAAGGUUCUUAUCUUUUUUUUUGUUAAGGGCUGGAGUAGUAUCCAUGGUGGUGCUCCCUGGUCUUCAGAUGCAUCUCCUUGCAUAGCUGUGCUUCUUAGUACCACCAGGAUUUUUCAAGAUAAGAUUAAUUUACAUUCUGAAACUGAGGGAAGAGCUGAGCCUGUGUCAUGCAAAUCCGAGUGGAUGGCUCAGUUGAAAGUGUGUGGCUCUAAUUUGAUGAUGUAGUUGGUUAUUUCAAAAUCUUCACAGUGCACAUAGAAGACAAGAAGUCUGCCAGUUUUUUUCAUUUUAAUAUAUUUUCAAGUAUUUUUCUUCCACUUUCAUUUUCUGAUUUUUUGCACAGUGGAGGAAACAAGCUAUAGUGAAGCAUUUUAUAUGACACCACAGGCACAUUUAUUAAGAGUUGAAGAGCAACAAGUGCAUUUCCCACAUUGCUGAAUAGUGUUUCUCUGCUUUGCUGGUCAGAGCUAAGUUAUCAAUGGCGUUUGUGCUCAAGCUCUGAAGAAAUCUCUGGGACUUUUGCCAGAAUGUAUAUAAAAGGCUGAAAAACUUCACUCUAACAGAAAUUUAAAGGCAGAUUUCUAGCAAGAGAGAACAUUUUCUGGGGUGUGUCAUCUGCCCAAGAUUAAGAUUUGAGUACAGCAAUGCUUCUUCCUUGGAGACUUCUUAAUGAGCAGGAUCCCACCCACAUUAACAGUGGGAGUUUUGGAUGUCCUGGGUCCAGUCCACUGCAGGUCUGGGAGAUGCACAAGCCUGUGGGGCUGGAUGAUGAGUGUACACUGACAAAAAGCUGUGAGACGUAGUGUACAUAGUUUAAGUUCAGAUUUGGGAUAUUUCACUUCAUAGCUCUUUUAGGGCAGAACAUUUAUUCUUGCAUUUAUGUGGACAUAAGGGAUAGCGGUAAAAGAAAUCAUUCCUAGCAGAACAAAAUUUAAUUAAUGGACAUGGUCAUCUAGACAAAACAGCAAAGGGAGAGAAUUCAACCUGUCUCCAGUGAAUAUCUGGACAAACACUUUUAACGUUAGGAAACUGAAGGGAUGGGGAGUAGAAGAGGUUCUCAUUUGCUGAUUAGUUUGCCCAUCUCUGGGGGUUAGGGUUUGCAUCACAUCUCUGAGAAUGACUAUUUUUUUCUUCACACGUGCAUGGGAUUGAAAUAUAUUCAUUCAUAUAAACCACUUGAUUUUUGGGACUCUGUUUUAUAUUUGGUGGCCUUAAGUUCCAUUUAAUCAGGGGGUGGAAAUCAGUUUUUUGCAUUUUGAUGCAUUUGAAACGGCAUCUCCAGUUAAAUGAUUCAGCAAAUGUUGGUAAAAAAUUGUUAAUUUACAAUUCUUGAAAUUAGCCAUGUUUCCAGAUGUUAAAAGUGCUUGUUACACUUACUCCUCUGUAGUUACUUGAGAUCAACUUUG